AUGAGUCAAAGCCAGGUUGUUGCUCCCUCGGUUUCCGACAUCGCUUCCUGGGCGCUCAAGUUCAGUCCGACCGCUUGGAUCAAGUCAUGGUUACUGUAUCUCGGGAUAGAGACCCACGUGAGAGGCACCAUUGAGCCUGAACUCAAACCCCUUCACGGUAUCUGCGAAUAUCUCCAUGCUUUGCACAUUUACACCGAGGAAGCCAGGCGUGGCGAAGUGAGGACAGUCUCGGCUCACCAUUUCUGUUCGCACGUGAGCAAAGACUUGAGACAAUGUUUGAUCUACGACUCAUGCCGUCCUGAUGCACGACUCAUUGGAGUCGAGUACAUGAUCCCGAAAUCGCGCUACGAAAAGCUGGACCAGGAAGAGCAGAAGCUGUGGCACUCGCACGAGUUUGAGGUCAAGUCAGGGAUGUUGGUCCUCCCGUACCCUGCUUCACAUAGUCACAACAAGGAUGCGUGGGAUAGAAUCGAGACGGCCGCCAUGGAAGAAGUGGUUGGACUUUACGGCAAGCUCUAUCACUUCUGGGACGUUGACAAAAGGGAUGAGUUGCCCCUCGGACCGCCAAAGUUGAUGGGCUCGUUGACUGAAUUCAAGCAAUUGGACGUGGAUCGAGAAAUGGCUUCGCGAAAUCACGAACAGGGCAUCGAUCAAGAGAACAAACGAAAGUUGAGAGCCCAUAUUCCGCUACCUGGAAUACCUGACUCGUCCGAUAACUGGUGGAAGGAGGCGAGGAGGGAGAAGAGGGGUAUCUAUGCUGAUUGA